UUCACCGAUUGCCAUGCCUCCCGUCCUGUACAACAUAGCAGGCAGCUCACCUUGCGGCUUCAUCCGUACUCUGGCCAAGAAGCUCGGCGUAGAGCUGGAGCUCAAGAACCUUGAUUACUUCAAGAAGGAGCAUCUCACUCCAGAAUACCUCAAGAUCAACCCGUUUCACAAGGUACCAACUUUGGAAGACUCAGGAUUUGUAGUUUACGAGAGCCUCGCCAUUGCUUACUACUUGCUACGCAAGUAUGCUCCCAAGUCUGAACUGUACCCGGAGUGUGUGGAGCAACGCACCCGCAUAGACCAGAUCCUCGCUGCUGUUUCGUGCACGAUUCUGCCGCAUAAGGUGGCCUUUUUUCGACCCCUCUUAGCUGAAAAGAGAAAGCCUACCAGCGAAGAAGUGGCAGCAUUCGAAGAAAAUGUGCUCAAGGGCUUCGAGCACCUUAUCGGUGACGACAAGUUCGCCGCAGGUGACAAGGUCACACUGGCUGACUUCUGCCUCUUCUCAGGCAUUAUUGGAGUGUUCGAGAUGCGCUUCUUCAACAAGGCCAAGUUUCAGAAGCUGAGCAGCUACUACGAGCGCGUCCUGCCCGAAAUCACUGGCUUCGAUGAGAUCUACAAGCCAGCAAUCACCCACUUUCAGGAGCGCUAUGGUGGUCUGAAAUGAAUCCUAGAAGGUCGAGAAUUAUGUCAUAAAAUAUGCUCAGCUACAACAAGACGUCGCUCACCAGAAUAAAAUGUGACGUACUUUGUAAUACAAGAUUUCAAAA